CGCACGCUACUCGGUCGCAGUCAGUAACGGAUUUCAUUAUUUCUUCGUCUCUCUGGGUAUGUCUUUACAGCACGCCUGAUGUUGGGAAGAAAGAUCCUGGAUCAGGUGUGUUGAGCGCAGCUGCAAGAAUGGACCGGGACAGGAUAGGAGAGAGACUGCAGGCAUCACUGGCCGGACUGCAAGAGCUGCAUUUCCUCCGGCACAAACAGAGUACUAGGGUGCACUGGGCACUGUCCCUGAACAGAGAAGAGCCCGACACAUCAAAACAUGAGAAGUUAAGCACAGAGGAGCUUAGACUGGAGGCAACACUUACUCUCCUGAAACAACAGCUGACACGUCUGCGCAGACAGGAUGUGGGAUUGAAGACUCACCUGCAACAGCUGGAUCAGAAGAUCAGUGAACUGAAGCUGGAUGUGUGUAAAGCAUCGACUGAACACCUAGAAAGUGACAGCAGACCCAGUUCAGGGUUCUACGAGCUCAGUGAUGGUGGAUCAGGCUCACUGUCCAAUUCUUGUACCUCCGUCUACAGUGAGAGUCUAUCCUCUUCAUCUCAAACCAGUCUCCUUCCUCAUCUCUCCAUUUCAUAUGCUCCAUAUGGCCGUAGUGGCUCCGGACAGGCCAUUGUGUCCUUCUGUUGUUCUGCUGAUGAGAGCACAGCCCAGCCCAACACCCCACAAUAUAAAGGAAUGAAGCUUGGUAGCAGUUGUAUACGAACGACACCAGCUGUUGCAGAAAGAGUGAGACAAAGACCUGUUUCCAUGGGUGACCUCAAUCGAGUGAUCACAUCUGGUUUUGGCUCCUUCAAAUCCACUGACGUAAAGACCUCAACCCUCUCUGGAAGCCACCACAACCCUUCAGUAGACCAUAAAUAUCAGAGUAACCUGGUGUCUAGCAAUGGGACAGAAGUGUACUGUUACCCAAGCCCCCUGCAUGCUGUGGCCUUACAAAGCCCUAUCUUUAGUCUCAUAAGUGAUCAGCAAAGUAAAGUAGUGGCUGAGGGACAGGAUGGAAAGCCAGGAGGGGUACUUGAAGAGAUAAACCAGAACCCUAACCAGGAGUCUACAAAUUCCAGGUCUUCAGUAUUCAUCAACAAACUCCUGCAGCAAAGCUUCAGUAAGAUUAACCUGUUAAACGAAAUAAGAAGAAAUGACCCCCAGGAGCAAAGACCCAGAUCCCUGGAAGUGACCUAUGGACAGCUGAAUGGUCCUCAACAUCUUGGGUCCUUUCAACAGAUAUCAGUGCCCCCAGAAAAUGCACUGGAGACUAGAAAGACAUCUUCAACACUAAACAUCAGUCAACAGCAGACAGACGCAUCUGCUGCUGAGUCCAAUUCAUAUGGGGUCAAGGUCCACACACACUCAGCACCUUCCAUGGAUUUCCAACAAAAUUGCCUUCCUGAGAGGAAUAUGGAAUCUGACAAUGGACUCUUAGAUAAGGGGAUUGGAGUUUCUUCCAAGGAGUCAUCUUUGGUCUCAAAGCCAGUAGACAGGAGAUCAAGUUUUAACCACAGCAGUAAGGCAGGCACAGCUUCUUUUGGUGAUAAGAGUAGUCCACCUCAGUGUGAGUUUGUCCAUGCAGAAUUUGUUCCUGCAGGGUCUCAGAGGGUGAAGGUGCGCCAUGCUGACAAGAAAACAAAAUCUUUGAAAUUGAGGAAGAGCUCAGAGAAACCCUCAUCAAAGAGACUUAAUCAAAAACACUUCUCUCGAGAGAAGGAGCUCUGCACCAAAAACCGAGUUGACUUAAAGCAGUUUAGCUCAUGCAGAAGUAAAGUGACAAGUCUGGACGAGUCCCAUAUACACUCUUGCUUAGAAUGCAGUCAUAACUCGCUUUGCAUCCCGAACAAGCCUCUCCUUCAACAAAACCAAACUGCCAAGUCCAUCAAGUCUCGCAAAGCUCAUUACCCUGAAACUGUGCACCUUGUGGACCAAGCCAGAAAGAAACAGAGCUCUAGCAAAUGGCCUUCUACCUAUGAGAUCCUUUUGCCCCCAACUCUCCACACCCAGAGAUCCAAGGAGAUGACAACCUCACACAAGGCAGACAUGGUAAGGAGCAUUAGUGCAAGGCCUCGCUCGAGUCAAUGGGGUUGUCCUCCACGACCCCUCACCCACUCUUUCUCCACCUCCUCCUACUUCAGUAACUUGGAAUCUAGAUAUCCAGCAGCUCGAAUCUCCAGCCGCCAUGCUCCUCGCUGUGAGUCAGAAUUUUCAGAGUACUCUGCAGAGUGCGCAUCUCUCUUUCACUCUACUAUAGCAGCAAGCAGUGACGGGGAGAUUAGCGACUUCACCACAAACCGUUUCGGAGACAGUGAAUCCAGCCAAGGCUCUCAGAUGGCCUCAGAUUCAGACAGCAGCCUCUCAAUGGAUGAAGAGGACCUGUUAGAGGAAGAAGAGGAUGAUGAAGGCAGCCUGGUGUGGGCCCAGGCUGCCAUUGGGCCCACCGCAGCAGGUUUGUCCCUGCAGCAACACCAUCUCCCAAAGCCAGCAGCCUGCCGCAUCAAAGCCUCCAGAGCGCUGAAAAAGAAGAUUCGCCGCUUUCAGCCAGCAUCACUCAAGGUUAUGACUCUGGUGUAGCCUCACUUAGGAUAUGAUGCUUGAAAAGGAAGCUUCAGUUUACUUCUGUAAAAUAACGCCUUUCACAAAUAACACAAUUCACUUGGCAACUGUACCUGUGAUCCAAUUAAGUCAAGUCGAGGGUAUUUUGAGACUUUUAUCAAGUCAUCAAAAGCAUAUGCUAGAAAUUACCACAGUGGAUCAGUGAGCUUCAGUUAACUUUAACCAAAACAUGACUUUGACUUAAGUUUCAUACACUUACAUGGCAGCUUGAACUGCCCAAUCAUCACAGGACCUGAGAGAUUGAAAAAUUGGACUUCUGCACAACCUGUUGAUACGAGUAGAAACUGUACACCGUAAAAAAACAAACAUUUUUGUAUAUCUUUACCCAAUUAUAAAACACCUGUAACUAAAAAAUGCUGUGUAAAAAGAGCAAUUUCAACUGGCCACUUUUGAAACAAAAUGAUUCUCGUUAAAAAAAUGCAAUUCAAUAAAAAUAUUUUGCUUUUAACAUU